AUGUAUGAUGAUCAAUUUCAAAUCAGUCGAUAUUUCAGGUUCGGAGGUGGUAUGACCACCCUGACCUUGUCCUGCAAUCCGCGGCGUGCACUUAUGGCCGCACUAGCGCUGAUAUCAUCUGAUGAAAACGGCAAGCAAAAAGCUAGUUUAGGAGCUGUAUCCGGGAAGCUGGUACUGGCUCCACAUCGGCGCAUCGCCAUGGCAUUCGAUACAUUCGUAUACAAUGAGUUCACAAGAAUGAUUCCAUUACUCACUCCGAAAUGA